AUGGACGCUAGGAAUUUUACAGAGUAUUUUGACGUAUUUAUUUCCCUGGAAGAGUACGAGAAUCCUAAAGUGCUUUUGCAAUUGUAUGAAGGCCAACUUCAAGCAUAUACAAGUACAUGGUCUAACUCCAAGUUAGAAAAGGACCCAGAUUGUUUUGGUGGCUCAAACAUCAAUGUGAAGAUUCCUAUGGAGACCAGAUUAUACAAAUUGUCUCUCCUGUUCCAAAAUUCAGAACAAGAUAUAGUAUCGGAACUUGCAAUGAGGACACUUUCUGAUGGGAAUAUAGGCAAGACAGUGAAUCUUUGCAGUGAUCUUUAUGGGCAGUACAAAAACAGUAAGACUGGUCGAGUAUUGUUCCACGUGGCACAGAAGUUGUGUCAGAUGUUGGAGGCUAAUGUUCCCAUGAUCAUUCCAAAUGGAAUGAACUUGCCUUCUGUUAUUUAUGAAUUGGCCUGCCAAGCCGCCACUAUCUGCAGCACUGACCUUUUACUUGACUGCGAAGAAUUGUGUAAAAAUACUCGUGCUGCUAUGGAUGUUUAUAGACAGUGUCUAAUUGAUGAUUAUGGAUUUAGAACAAAGGUGACCACUUUGGAAACUGACAAAGAUCCGUAUGAUGAGUGGACUUUUGAAGAUUACUUCACAGAGGAUGGCAUUGUUCUCGAUCAUCUAUCAGUGAUGCCUGUGAUGUAUGAAAUUACAACUUCGUUUGUGUCCUAUUCUCCAGAUAAAAAACUCUAUCCAUUGGACUGCGUUGGCUUGCCAGUUAGCCCAGGAGUAGCAGGCGAGAACCCUUUGAAGCCAAUUUCAAUGCCCAUGACUAGCCUGCUGCAGAAUUUGCAAGAGUAUAGCCAAUUGCAGCUGGCUUUGCAGCUAACCAUCAACUCUUUUGGAUGCUGUCAUCAACAUUUAGUUUCAAACAAUAUGAAUGUAAACUUGAGUAAAAAGCUUUUUGAGGGUCAAGAUUUAAAGGAACUCAAAGAUUUUGUCAUUGACAUUGGAAAUAUGGCCUUUUCAAUUGUUAAAAAGAAUUCCCUGGCAUUGCUGCACAAGUUGUUUAACUGUCGUAUAGUUGACACUGACUUAGCACUGGCAUACUGCACAUUGUUACCAAAGAAUGUUGUAUUUGAGAAGUUGUGGAAUUUCAUCAAUGACGCAUGGCAAAAUUAUAACAAAAUUCUGGCAGUUGCUGUUGUUGGUGCUAAACUGGCUGAUUUGCUUCAGGAUGGGCAACAGAAAGAGAAGUUCAAUUCGUUAAUUGUUGAUACGGAAUGGUGUCUGAAGCUCAGUAAACUUGGAAUCUCAUUUCAGUCGACACUUAGAGAUAAUCCAGCAAAAAGAAAAGAAUGUGUCUAUGUUUUGGUGCAAAAUCCAAAUGUGAACUCCCAGCUAAUAAUGCAGUAUUGCAGUGCUUUUGGACUGAACAGUGAUGUUGCACUGCAACUGUACAUAGAGACAUUUCUUCUGCAAGGCAUAAAUGGCCACCAUGGUGAAGGAGAGCCAGGAGGCAUAAAACAAUCUCCUGCUGAGCUUUUGGAAAGAGCAAUGGAAGUCUUGCCUUUAUUAAAAAAUAAAACCGACUUGGUGAUUAGUUUGAAUGGUACUCUACACAAGAUGGACCCAUAUAACUAUGAAGUCAUUGAAAGUGCUUUAAAGAUUAUGAAAUUGGCGAAUGAACCUUCUAUGAAUUUUAACUUGGAUCAGGCUUUAAAUCUUUUACAACAUUUGUACUCCUACAAACGAAUUUCACCACCUGGGAACUUGGAACUUCAGUAUCUCCAGAAACAUUCAAUUGACGUUUCACCAAUGGCUGAGAGCAGAUUACCAUUCCAUCUCCUCUUCUUUGAAACUACUCAAAGAUUUUGGAGUAUAGUAUCUGCAGAACUCAGUGAGGAGACUUUUGCUACAUUACUUUUGAUAUCUAAACUUAUGAAGGUGUCACUGGAUACACUUCACAUGAAAGCUGUUGACCACGUUCUUGCAAAAACGCUGAAACCUAAAGUACUUAGGCUGACAAAAGAAGGAUGUGUUUCCCAGAUAACAAAGGAAAUUGCUGAGACUGUGCACAAUAUACAGUCAUACAUUUUAGCAAUUACAAAUCCUGAAUGGGCUACUGCUAGUUCGCAUCGGGUUGCUCAGGAACUUCCAACUGGACCAGAGAAAAUCCAAGCCUUGAAAUUUUGUCUGCAAAUGUCUGAAAACUGGUUAAAAUCUACAGCACCAAUGGAAAAAGCCCACCAAAAAGCCGAGGAUUCGCUGAACAAAUUGCGAGUAGAAUUUGAGAAUUCAGCCACAGCAAAUUUGCUGAGAAUCCACAACUUAAACAGCCCUGAGUAUCUGAAAUUAAUUAAACUGCCAGCUAAAUUGAUUUGUUCAUUGUAUGAACACAGCAGUAUUGAACACCGGUUAAAGCACCCAACUGCCAAGGACUAUCCAGACAUUCAUGCUGUAGCUGGUGAACUUGCAGAAAUAAAUAAUCGAGAUAUAAAUAAAAUCAGGUUUACAUUGCUUGAAGAAUAUCUGUGUCCACCUACAAAACCAGAUUUGAAUUCCAAGUCACAGGACAACUUCAAUAACAUACAAGAAGAUCCAGCACUGAUGAGGUGA